AACGUGUCGUAAAUAAAAAACGAAUAGUAUCGAUUAGAAUUUUUUGGAUUUCGUCCAUCACCCACUCUCUGAAAAUCAUAAGGAGGUUGGACAUCAUUUUUUUUUCUUCAACAAAUUCCAAGUUCAAAUGUUUUAAUUUUCAAUAAAUCAUCUUUUCCGUUUCGAAACAAUGUCCGAUUAUAUUCCGAAAAAUUCAAACAAAAGAAAUCCUUAUCUGUUUUCGGAAGAAUCACAACCAUCACAAACAUUCAUACAAUCAACACAAUUAGCUCAAACAAAUGAUCCAAAUUUUUCGGAUUUUUUUCGUCCUCCGGAUAAUGAUAUUGGCCAUGAUAAUCAAUCAUAUUUCGAACCACCAUCACCAAUUCAAACAUUAGAUGAACAAUCUACUUAUAAAGUUCAUGAUUUUGAUUAUCAAUUAGGUAAUAAACAGAUUGGUGUUGUUAAUCCAUCAAGACCGCUAUCAGCGUCUAAAGAUGAUUUGGCAUUGAUUGAAAAUUCUCGUUCAAAUAUUUUAUCAAUAAUUUCAUUAUUAAAUGAAUAUGUUAUUAGUCAUCCAUUUAUGGUUGUUCGUCGACAAGCUCAGGUAAACAAUCGAAGUCAUGCCUAUCAUCUGACACCAUUCACUGUCAUACCAUUUAUGUUACGAUUACAAAGUAAACAAGGAAUAUCAACAUUUUUCAAAGGUUUACCCACUGUACUAAUUAAUCAUGUUCUUCUUGUUGGAACUGAAUCAUUUAUUUAUAACCUGUUGCAAUUUCCAAUUGAAUUUGAUUUUGGUUCAAUUGCAAGUCUGUUAUCGAUUCGUUUUGUUAAACAUUUAGCAUUGAAAAGUUUAGCCAUAAUGAUUGUAACACCAUUUUAUUGUUCAAGUAGUAUUGAAAUGGUACAAUCAUGGAUUGUUGGUGAAUCACCAUAUCCAUUGGAACAUAUUAAAGAAGGUUUAUUACGUAUUGUACAUUUUCGUAAAGAUAGAAAAUUACCAAUAUAUCGUUUGAUUGGUCCUAGCAUUAUAUAUCAUCUUUGUUAUUAUGUUUUGCAUUCAUUCAUACGUCAAGCUAUUCUACAAUACUACUUUGAUGAUUCGGAUAUUGAAAAGAAAUUAGUUCAAUCAAAAACAACCAUCCCAACUGAAUAUCAAUUGAAACAAUCACAACUAUAUGAUGAACCAUAUCCAUCACAUUUGACUACGAUUGAUCAAACAACGACAACAAAAACAAUACGAUUGAAAAAAUUAUCCGAUAAUACAAUAAUGAAUGAAUUGAAAAGUUCAUUCUAUGCACAUAUAUUGACCGAUAUAAUAAUGUAUCCAUUUCAAAAUAUACUUUAUCGAUUAUUUUUACAAGGAACCCGGACAUUAAUCGAUAAUGUUGAUGGUCGUACUGCUGUUAUACCAUUAAUAACUAAUUAUGAUUCAGCAUCGGAUUGUUAUCAAACAAUUUUGCAACAAGAAGGUAGUAGUGGCUUAUUUAAAGGUUUUGGUGCACUGAUAUUACAAUAUACAGUACAAGCAUCAAUCAUCCAUUUGACUACCUAUUGUAUUGAUAUGAUUUUGAAUAAUUGAUUUUUGUUUUUGGGAUAACUAUUGGAUAAAAUUUUAUUUAUUGUC